AUGGCGGGUUUGACGCUGUUCGUGCGCCGCCUGCCGCCCUCGGCCCGCAGCGAGCAGCUGGCGGAGCUGUUCAGCCAGGUGGGGCCGGUGAAGCAGUGCUUCGUGGUGACGGAGAAAGGGAGUAAGGCAUGUCGAGGCUUUGGCUAUGUCACUUUUUCUAUGCGGGAAGAUGUUCAAAGGGCCCUCAAGGAGAUCACCACUUUUGAAGGCUGCAAGAUCAGCGUGAGUGUUGCCAAGAAGAAACUGAGGAACAAGUCUAAGGAAAAGGGGGGAAAUGAAAAUUCAGAGUCCCCAAAGAAGGAACAGAAGCCUAAAAAGGCCAAGGUGGCAGAUAAGAAAGCCAGAUUAAUUAUCAGGAAUCUGAGCUUUAAGUGUUCAGAAGAUGACUUGAAGACCAUAUUUGCUCAAUAUGGAGCCGUCCUAGAAGUGAACAUCCCUAGGAAGCCAGAUGGAAAGAUGCGUGGUUUUGCUUUUGUUCAGUUCAAAAACCUUCUAGAAGCAGGAAAAGCUCUUAAAAGCAUGAACAUGAAAGAGAUAAAGGGUCGGACAGUAGCUGUGGAUUGGGCUGUGGCAAAGGAUAAAUAUAAAAAUACACAGUCUGCCUCUGCCCCAGGUGAGGAGAAGCAACCUGAACCUAAACUUCAGAAACUAGGUAAAGUGAAUGGCAGGAAAGAAGAGGUUAUGAAAGAGGAAGAGGAUGAUGAUGAUGGUGAUAUGGAAGAGGAUGAUGAUGAUGAUGAUGAUGAUGGUGAUACGGAAGAGGAGGAUGAUGAUGAAGAUGGCGAUGAUGAAGAGGAGGAGAAGAAUAAAAAGUCGAAAGUAACCAAGUGUGUGCAAAUUCACAUGAAAGCAGUCAAGAGACCAGUGCCCUCAGAAAGCAGUGAUGAGGAUCAUUCUGAUGAGGACAGCGGCCUGGAGGAAGGAGGGAGUGUUGAUAGUGGAGAGGACCUGGCUCAGAGUGACACCGACACUGAAGAGCUGGAAGAUAAAGAUGUACAAGUCUCAAAGAAAAAGAAGAGGAAAUUACCCUCUGAUGUGAAUGAAGGGAAAACUGUUUUUAUAAGAAACCUGUCCUUUGACUCGGAGGAAGAAGAUCUUGGGGAGCUCCUCCAGCAAUUUGGAGAUCUUAAAUAUGUCCGCAUUGUCUUACAUCCAGACACAGAGCAUUCUAAAGGUUGUGCAUUUGCUCAGUUCAUGACUCAAGAAGCAGCUCAGAAAUGCCUUGCAGCUGCUUCUGCAGAGACGGAGACACAGGGUUGCAAUCUGUUACAGGGUGGGGGGCUGAAAUUGGAUGGCCGGCAACUCAAGGUUGACUUGGCAGUGACCCGUGAUGAGGCUGCAAAGCUGCGAACAAAGAAGGUGAAGAAGCCGACCGGAACCCGGAACCUCUACCUGGCCCGAGAAGGCUUGAUUCGUGCUGGGACGAAGGCUGCAGAGGGUGUGAGUGCUGCUGAUAUGGCCAAAAGAGAACGGUUUGAGCUGCUGAAGCAUCAGAAACUGAAGGACCAGAAUAUCUUUGUCUCCCGCACCAGGCUCUGCCUGCACAAUCUCCCCAAGGCCGUGGAUGACAAACAGCUCAGGAAGCUGCUGCUGAAUGCCACUAGAGGGGAGAAGGGAGUGCGCAUCAAGGAGUGCAAGGUGAUGCGAGACCUUAAAGGAGUUUAUGGGAAAAUUAAAGGUCAGUCCCUGGGCUACGCCUUUGCAGAGUUCCAGGAGCACGAGCAUGCUCUGACCGCCCUACGCCACAUCAACAACAACCCAGAAAUCUAUGGGCCUCAGAAGAGACCAAUAGUGGAGUUCUCUUUGGAAGAUCGGAGGAAGCUUAAAAUAAAGGAACAGAGGAUGCAGCGCAGCCAGCAAAAAAUGAAAUCCAAGUCCACAACUGGUGAGCCUCAACAGAAGCACCCGGAGCCGAGAGAAGACCUGCAACAGAAAGCAGCUCAAAACCACUCCCAGGAGCAAAACAAGGCCCCUCCAGAGCAGAAGGGGAAGGCGGGCUCUAGCUCCUGGGCAGGAUUCCAGACCAAGGCUGAAGUGGAGCAGGUGGAGUUACCUGAUGGGAAGAAGCGAAGAAAGGUCCUGGCGUUACCCUCACACCGAGGACCCAAAAUCAGGUUGCGGGACAAAGGCAAAGUGAAGUCUCUCCCUCCCAAAAAGCCAAAGCCCCAGAUAAACCAGUGGAAGCAAGAGAAGCAGAAAUUGCCUCCCAAGCAGGUGCCUAAGAAAAAAGCUAAGGGAAAUAAGACAGAAAUUCGCUUCAACCAGCUGGUCGAACAAUAUAAGCAGAAAUUAUUGGGAUCUUCUAAAGGAGUGCCUCUCGCAAAGAGAAGCAAGUGGUUUGACAGUUGA